AUGCGCUUCUUCGCUGCCGCCGCUCUCCUCCUCAGCAGCAUCGCUCUCGCAGCGCCCGCUCAAGAACAGAACAAAGACUGCUGUUGCUGCGACAUUUCCCAGCCCGCCUUUGUCUGCGAAAAGGACGUCAAGCCCCAAGACUGUAUCUGCGCCGCUGUCGUCUGCCCCGUCGGCGCUCCUACCUACUGGCCUGCUACCGCUACACCUACCAAGACUGCUACAUCAACUACCACUUCUGCUCCCACCUCCACAGCUGCCGUCGAAAAGCGCGAGGAAGCCGUCACAAGUGUUCCCAUUCCUGAUGGAGCCCCAUGCUGCUGCUGUAGCUUGGCUGACCAAGCUAUCGUCUGCGAGGUACGCCCUGAGGACGCAGACCAGACUUGCAUGUGCCCCAAGGUCCAGUGCCCUAGCGGUGCGCCGACCCUGACGAGGAACGUGGGCGCUCAGGAGACCGAAAACUAA